UAACGGCAUCAUUCUACUGGGAACUGCAGCUGGCAAACAACAUCGAGCAGAGUGCAGGAACCAGCAGCCAACCGUCAGCGGCAAGGUAAUGGGAUAAAAGAGCUAUAGCAAUGUGGAGAAAAUGGGGAAUUAUGCUGGUGGAAAUACUACUUCUACUCAUGUCUGGGGGUGUGACAGCCAAAACGUGUGGAGUCAUUUCCACAGAAUCUCACACAGUCCAGCUUGGUUCCCCUUUCUUUGCAUCCUGCGCUGUUGGCAAACAAUUCUGCCCUGAUUUGGACCAGGAUGUCCAAGUGAUUUGGAAACUGGACCGAAAUAUCAUCCCAAGUAAAGAUCACAAUGAUGUUCAGCAAAACAAGUCUUCAAUUUACUUCAGAAGUUUCAACAAGACUUUUGCAGCACUGUAUUGCUACUUUCAAAUGGAUGAAGGACUACAGCUAAUGGACAGAGUGGAAAUAAAUGCUGGCUAUCCUCCAGCUAAACCGACCAAUCUGAUGUGCCAGCUAAACCUCACAGAUGACAGGCUAGUAUGCAGCUGGCAGCUUGGGAGAAACCCCUUGCUAAAGACCAAUGCAACACUCUCAAUUGCUAGGACGAAUAAAGAUUGUAAACCGAUUGAGGGGAAAAAAUACAAUUGUGUGCCACAACCUGGUGAGACAUCAUGCACCAUCCCCCGUCUUGAAUUCCAUUUCACCCAGAAACAUGCAGUAUGGAUUGUAGUGCAAAAUGAGUUGGGAUCUGUUAACUCAUCCUAUCUCUGUGUCACACCAAUGAACUAUGUGAAGUUGGACCCUCCAGUCAUCAAGGAAGCUGCACCAGUUAUUUCUCUCCCAGGCUGUGUCAGGAUCCAGACAAAAAAGUCAGAACCGGGGAGUUAUAUUGAACAGUGGUAUCAGUUGCGCUACAGAAAGGCAGACGAGAACCAAUGGAUAGAGGUUCAACCCACGACAAAAGAUUCAGAUGAACUGGAAUACUGUAACCUUUCCCCUGCUACAAGAUAUCGUUUUCAAGUACGCUGCAUUCGAAGAUUUCUGGAAGGAUACUGGAGUGAGUGGGGAUCAGAUGCAAGUGUACUCACAGCUGAAUCAGCUCCCAUUGGUAAAAUGAAGACCUGGUGGAGGAUUCUAAAAGCUACAGGUGAUGGCCCAACACAAAUACAGCUAUUGUGGAAGGCACUAAAGAAGGAAGAAGCCAAUUCUGAAAACCCCUGGUACGUCGUGGGCAUCAGUUUAGAUCCAUAUCAGAGUGCCAAUGUGGUGUGCAACACAACCUCUCUCAAUUGCACUUUCCACCUGCCACAUGGAGCAACUGGAGCUUUUCUAUGGGUUUAUAACACUGCUGGGCAUUCACCAGUAAUGGAAAUUGACUUUAGAGAUAGAAAAAUUCCAGGUAUGCCUGUCUCCUGGAUCCAUGUGUUUCCUAAUACUGAUAACAGCCUUGCGGUGGAGUGGAAGUUGCAAGCCAUGGCCAAGAGCUAUGUGCUAGAGUGGAGAAAAAGCACACAACAUCUUGAAAGUGACUUCAACUGGAAAACUGAACCAGAUGGAAGCAGCUUCUCCAUCUUGCAAGAUAUUGAACCUUUUCAGCAGUAUACUGUCUGGGUUUAUCCUAUAUAUGAAAAUCAAGUUGGAUCCCCAGUACUAAUUAAUGCCUAUUCCAGACAAGGAAUUCCAGAAUUCGCCCCCAAACUUACACUAAUACGUGUCACUAAGUCAUCAGCCCAGCUGUCCUGGGAACCUAUCCCCUUGGAGAGACGCCAUGGAUUUAUAACAAACUACACCAUCUUCUGGGCUGACAAUGACAGAACAUUCUCUGCAACUCUGAACAGCUCUUUGACAAGAUUUGAGAUCAGGAACCUGCAGCCUUUAGGCAUGUAUACUGUGCUGAUAAGCUGCGCAACAGCUGAAGGCAGUGUCAAUGGAUCAGUACUCAUGAUUUAUACCACUCUCUUAGAUGAGAUUGAAAUCCACGUAUUAAUAAUGGUUCUGUGUGUGGCAUCUGUGAUGAUCGUUACUGGAAGCCUCUUCCUUUGCCUGGCUAAACAAGGAGUGAAGAAGAAGUUUUGGCCAGUUGUACCAGAUCCUGCAAACAGUAGCAUGGGAAAAUGGAGCCCAGUAUCUCACGAGGUCCCCAAGAUGUCACUUAACAUUAGGGAAAUCAAUCAAAUGAUUACCAGUGAUCUCACAAUUCUGGAGGGAUGGGCUGUGAAGAAACCCCCAGCUACAGAUGUCACCAAAUGCAAUCCUGUUUCAUUUGAACACAAGCCAGAAUGCAGUAAAGAUAACACAGAGGGACCCUAUAUCAAUGUUGCUGACACCGUGCAGUAUGCCAAGGUGAUAACAGGAGGAUACCUUGGACAAAGUCCCACAUCAACUUCUCACUUACGGUCUAACUCCACACAACCUCUCCUCAGCGACAUUUCUCCCAGCCCCCAAACCUAUGAGAAUAUGUGGUUUCACAGUAACAAUCAAGAAGAUAGCAUCUUUCUUAUUAAAGACAAGAACCUGAGCAACUUCCCUCUAUUGCAAGCACUGAAGAUCCAAGAGGAUAGAGAGGUCUUCAGUUUUUAGGACUGAUGGAUCUGGUUGCUACAUUUAGACUGAAAAAGAAUGCCCAUAUACAAAGCUAAAUGCACAUGUGUAAAUGUAUGUGAGCUCUAAGUAACACAUAACAAUACAUAUGCAAGUCAUAGAAAGAAGUACUCAUACAACAUACAGUAUACAUGCACAUAACGUUGAAACAGGGAUGAAAUGUGACUUCUAGCCUUUACUAUCAAACAUUCUCCAUUGUUAAGUGCAUUGCCUCCUUAAAACGAAAGUCUCUGAAUGCCUUACAAUAAAGAAAAUAUGGUAGUGCACAUAACAAUGUCCUUUUUUUAAAAGGAUUUUUAACCUUUAGAAAACUUUUAUGUGCCAUUUCUAUAGUUUGAUUAUUUUCUUCAAACCUCUGUGUUUCUAUUCAUACAACAGUACUAAAUCCACAAAUGCCAUUUUUAAGUUUAAUAUAUAAACAGCAUUUCUGGCUCUCUCCAAUAAUAGAAAAGCGAUAUGGGGAUAAUAUGGUCACCAGUUGGUUUAAGCAAACACAGCCUGACUGCCACCCAUCAAGAAGACUAUUUAUUUACAAAAAAGCUGUCUUGUUUGUUUCAUUUUCCCCAGCUUAUUCAUCUUAUGCCCAUCACUCAGUAUGUCCUUUGAUCUUACGCCUUAUGAGCAGGCAUGGAAUGUAAUACUCAGUCCCAGCUGAGAGUUCAUUCUCUUUUGUUUCCAAACCUUUUACUGUAGUUCUACCUACUACUGGCUCCUUUUGCUUCAACCCUCCCUUUCCUGAAAAGUUUAGGCACACACGGCGUACAUAGACCUGUUGAUACACUCACUCAUUAGGCCUGGCAACCUCUUCUAUAUAAUUUCAGGUUUGUUAAUAAAAUAGUUCUACCUCACAUUUGUCCUAAACCCUUCUUCAGUCCAACCUCUUUUUCCAGUAUAUGCUACUUCUAUGAGUGAAAAUUGUUUUAAUCCCAGGUGUUCAAUAAUACACUAGUGAUAUUGCUGCAGUUACACCUGAUCUAAUUAUAACCAAUAACAAAAACGUGUAGCAGUCUAUAUUUGCAGCUCAAAUAUACUUCAGUCACUAGAACAAGGGCCAUGCAUUUUGGACAUUUUUCUCUCAGUUCCAGAAAAAAAUAUCAGCAGAUUGUGUCUGCUUUAUGGACUACAGAUUUAAAAGUUCAAGAGAUAAGGGAUUCUGUUGUUGUGGUUGUUAUUGGUACCACAUUGCCACAGUAAAGGGCAAAUUCACCAAGGGUCGAAUAUCGAGGGUUAAUUAACCCUCGAUAUUCGACUGGGAAUUAAAAUCCUUCAACUUUGAAUAUCGAAGUCGAAGGAUUUUAGCGCAAAUAGUUCGAUCGAACGAGCGAAGGAAUAAUCCUUCGAUUGAACGAUUUUAAUCCAACGAUUGAAGGAUUAUCCUUCGACCAAAAAAA